GCUACAAAUGACCGAGGAUGUUAUCUGCUAAAAAAUAAAAGGGCAUACACUACCGUAGACAGCACUCCGACCAUCAGUCUACUCAAGGGGAUGAGAUCGGUGCGGCCCGGCAUAUCAUACACUACGUUGCUCAGUUGGCUUACCGUUUUCUGCAAUUGGUGUUUAUUAUUUUGUACUCAAAUUUUUAUGUAAAGCGAAUCCAGCAACACCAGACCGUCUCCAGCUAUGGAGCAGACCGGAGAUGCCGACCGACGGACAAGGAAAGUACUGUCCCAGACAUACAAGGUGACCAUCAUUAUGCUGAUUAUUGGACAGAUACAGGUUUCGAUUUUCAUGGAAAUAAAGCCCGUGAAGAAAUUCCUCGAAGAGCACUAUUAUUUCAGCCUGCUGCAGUUCUUCGUCAGCUUUAUAUCCAUACAAUUGUACGUGUUCUUUUACCACAUGAUCGAGCAAAAGGCCGCCUGGAAGCGCAUACUGGCCGGCGUCUGGACGUUCGAGGUAAAUACCAUAUCCAUCAUGAAACCCGCAAAGACGGCGCCAUAUAUUAGCUUAAUCAUCUCCGUUGCGCUAACCUUCAUCGUCAUGGCCAUCAGUCUGUGCUACGGAAACUUGGCGGUGCACCAUAGGCGUGGUCUCUUCGUAUCGCGUCACAAUGUGAUCCGGUGGAGCGAACGUCUAUUUGUCCUCACCAGCUUUGGCAUCAUCGUGUGCGCCGAAAUGAAGCGAAUUACCAUCGAGUUCGUGACCCUUCUCGUCUACACCAUUCUGUCGAACAUUUUUGUGGUGAUAUUUGCCGCCUCAAUAAGGAAACCGAACUUCUAUCACUACGAUACCAAGGGAGACCACAUACUCAUCGGCCAGCUGUAUUACCUGAACUUCUAUGCCCUCUACAUGGGCUAUGUGUGGACGACAGCCUCCUGGUUCGAGCUAAUGGAUUGGAAUGUCAAGCUCACAGAUUUAUUUAAAUAACUCACAGUGUCACAGUCACACCG